AUGCUGUCCAGUCAUCCUCCUUUUUUCCAUUCUUCUCUUACCUUUCACUUUCCUCAGGCAUUUGGCUCUGUGCCAGACGAACUUUCGUUGCAGGCCUCAAACGAGAUCUACUCCCUCUUGCCCGCGACGCCGACUAAUUCGUUCACUCAUCAGACUGAUGCUUCUGGAAAGCACAAUACGCCCCACUUGGUAAUGUCCAGCUCUGCUGCAAGAAGAAGCAUUUGUGAGAGCCGACAACUCGAAAACCUGGUAGAAGGAGGCAAAGUCAGGGAGCCGCACAAGUACUGUACAGCAGCGCAGGUAGAGUCAGGAGUUGCCAUGAUCGAGGAGAAUCAGACCUACUUUUCCCUCGGCCGAACCCUGUCCGGCUCGGGCGGGCUCGCCCGGAGGACGGGGCCUGCAUCGGUGCCAGUUUGCCCACUACAGAUUGGCUUUCCGAGGCAACAAGAAUCAACGCACCAGGAAAUCAGUCAAAAGCCUGAUCAGCACCAUUUGCACUCGAAGCGACAUGAGUUGCUGGGGCCUACAGGAUUCUUUGAUCUGAGUGACCCCAUUGGCGAUAUUGCCAAGCAGAAGCUUGGUCGACAGAGGGGGGAGAAGACAAUGUUUUCCGGGGGCUUCAUGAAAAGUGGCACUGAAGGAGUGCGGGAGGGAGGCAGGCGAGGUGAAUUUGACGUAAAUACGACCCAUGCAGAUGCCAUCGGCUUCUGUGUCGCUGUUGACGACAGAUGCAAUCGCCGAAAACGAUGCCUGCCCUCUCUUUCAACCGACGUCUCCGCUGCUCGUGUGAAGGGUGCUAACUUUUUGGCGAAAGAGGAGAUGGCGGUGAGGCUGAUGCAACAGGAGGAGGAAGAGGAGAAGGAAAAGAAGGAGGAGGAUGAAGAGGAAGAGGAGGAGGAGGUGGAGGAAGAGGAGGAGGAAGAAGAAGAGGAGAAUGAGGAAGUGGAAGGGGAGGAAGAGGAGGAGGAGGAAGAGGACCUCUGGUGGUAUCACCCGAUUCGUGGCCGGUCCGACGACCACUACCAGCAGGCCUCCGUACCUGGCCGAGUCUGGCAUUUUGAAGCUGGAAGCGAAUCAGAACACAGACUCGAGGCGAAUCCGGCACUCUCGAUGAGCCACCAGGACCCGGCAGGCAAUUACUACAGCGCACUACCAGUAGCUAUGCGUCCACGCCUGCCGGACAACCUAAGAACCCAGCGUGGACACGGUAAGCCCAAUGGAAGUGCGACUAUGCUCGACUGUUUUAUGUUGUAUUCGUCUAAAUCAGGCUUAACUAACAUUUCGAUGAACAGGCAUAGCAACUCGAAAGGCCAACAAUCAUUAUGCUAA